AUGGAGGGAAAUGUGUUUGCUGAAGCUUUGGAAAAGAUGGACCAUGUUAAGUCUCCCGAGGGAGAAAUUCUUGCCAAGCCUUUCUUGGAUUUGUGCAAAACAGUAUUGCCUGUUUUAGACAACUUUGGACCAGCCAUGGGACCUGUAAAAUCUGACAUUGGUGGUAAUAUAUCGAGGCUGGAGACUAGGUAUUUGUCCAAUCAAUCAGAAUUCAAUUACUUGUACAGGAUAGUACAGUCAGAAAUUGAAUCGAAAAAGGUUAAAUCUUCAUCCAGUUGCACAAAUGCUUUACUUUGGCUGACAAGGGCCAUGGAUUUCUUGUCAGAACUGUUCCGCAACUUAAUGGUGCAUCCGGACUGGAGCAUGUCACAAGUUUGCACUGAUUCAUACGACAAGUCCCUGAAAAAAUGGCAUGGCUGGCUGGCUAGUUCAAGUUUUAGCGUUGCCUUGAAGUUGGCUCCGGAUAGGAAGAAGUUUAUGAGUGUAGUGGGUGUCAAAGGAGAUGACGUUUCUGACAUGGAAGAUUUCUGUGGAAGGUUCUCACCUUUAUUGGAAGAGAAUCACAAGUUCCUCGCUAGUGUUGGAAUGGACAAUUUGAAAGCUUGA